AUUGCUUCUACGGUUGCUUCUACAAAUCAUUCCACGACGUUACUAUUUACCCAACUUGUCUCUCGUGGUAUACACACUCAGAUGGCUAUUCCAAAUGCCGCGUUGCAGAAGCUGCUGCAAGAGGUCGAAACGCAGGCAAUCCUUUCGCAACAGAAGAUUACCCAGACCCAGGCAGAACUCAAUGCCAAACGCCGUGAUGCUCGUUUGAACCACCUGACGUCUACUGAAAUCAAGGCCCUGGCAAAGGACACAAACGUCUAUGAGGGCGUUGGCAAGAUGUUUGUCGCCGUGCCUAUUACCACCCUGACCCAGCGCCUUGCCUCGGAGUCGUCUUCAUUGUCCAAGGAAAUGUCCGACCUGGAAAAGAAGUUACAUUAUCAAGAGACGACCUACAAGAACAGCCGGCAACACAUCGAAAAGAUCCUUCAAACAAGUGGUCGCUCAUGAAUGGCAAUCUGACCGAGACAGUAUUUGCUCAAUCAAAUCGCAAGACUGUCUGACAUCGAAAACCUUGUCGCACAAAGCCUGAAAGCUGGGUAUCUGAGUAACCACGGGAAAUGCUUUCCGCGAGACCCUACUCCGUUCGCGUUCGGGUCCUGGAUGCACGAUCGACUGGGUGUGGCCACUAGGACACAACUGAACACGUGGAGCCACGAUUUGAACGUCUGAAAUGAACAGAUGGAUAUUGUAGCACUUGAUACGAAGACUUCCUCGAAUUCUGCGAUUCAAUACUGCAGUAUCUUGAGUGACCUGGGUACGUAUCAGUUAGCGACAAGAAAAAAAUUCACCCGGUCGCUACAAAGGAAUGGGCCCCUUAGAACCCUGAUGAGCCACGAGGUAUGCCAUGGAAAGGGGCAGGAGGUCCGUCCCGGGUGAGACUCUGUGUUUGUGAGACUAGGCCGGUCUUUGGCAAAAUGAUUUGGACCCUAGAGGUCAUACAAACCUGCUGUUGUGUUUGCCUCUCAAUAUUAGUCCAGAUGAAGAUGACGGGAACGCGAAGAAUCAUUAAUGACGCAUUCAUGCAAGAGGCCCCUCGGCCGUGCGAAUCGAUUUUAGGCGCACCCAUACCGCAACUGUGGC